GUUAAGUUGGUGCACACACUUUGAAGAUAAAGUGGUUUUUCAAAUAAGUGACGUUUUCUUUUUGUUCAAUAACUUUUACGGAAUUGUGUAGAUGUUACGGGCUAAACUUGAUUUUAAUCCAAGCUAACUAACUGGGAAGGAACAAAAACUGACCAAAGUUAACCAAACCUGUCAUCAUAUUGCUGCUUAGUUUUUCCUAAAUUGAUUUCUCCUAGGAAAAACUAUUUGGUCUGAAAUCAGGUUUUGCCGGAAGGAUAAACAAGAAGUGUACACCCUUAUUACAUCGAGCCCAUUCUACGGUCGAAAGGGUGGGAUUUCUUUCCGCGUUUCUAGAUAUUUUAUGCAUUCUUCAAAAUAUAAUAAAUAACUUGCACUUUAUUUUCUUUUGUUUUCUGCUAAACAGUCUUCUGUAGCUCCUUUCUUUUAGUGUUACUAUUAGCAUUGGUCGACGACGUAUUUUAAAUUUAAAAUGACGAAUUUCAUCUCAAAUUUAGAUAAAAAUGUGAAAUAUAUUUUAAAAAAAUUAUUUCACUAUAAUAGUGAAAAAUUGAUCAUCAAUCAACCAAACUAGGAAAGGCAUCAAGUAUCGUUGACAUUUUGGCAGAGUCUGCGUCGGAAACGCACACUGUCGAUGUUUUGAGUGCCGAGCUUAUUACAACAGCGGCGUGCCGAACAAACAGGACAUCCAUCCCUUCGUUGCGAAAACAUCCGUCGGGAUCAUCGAGGACGCCGAGUCAGUCCUUUCCCUGCUCCUCGGAUGAGCGUAACCUUAAAAGACACGUUGCGAUCACACGUGACGGUAAAUCCGGUCGCCAACUCGAAGAUCUAGACGACUAUUACUCGAUGAACGACCCCGCCCUCGAGCUGGCGAGUAGGACCUGCAGGGAGUGCGGCAAAGUCUUUUCCGAUGUGCGCAGCUACAAGAAUCAUGUGCGCGACGAUCACAAGGGGCUGCAUCAGUGCGAGUAUUGCGGCAAAAUGUUCGCGCAGAUCUACGGACACUUAAGCGCCGCUCAUCGCAGAACAUACAAGUUCGAGUGCGAGUUGUGCGACCGAGGUUUUCUCUACGAGGGCGCGUUGCACCAUCACGUGCAGAGUGUGCACGAACAAGCCCGACAGGUAUGUGCGUGUGCCGAAAAACACUGCGGCAAAGUGUUCACCUCGAAUCAGUCCCUCAAGGACCAUCAUAAGAAACACGAAGGUGUCGAGUACUCUUGCGAGCAAUGCCCGAAGAUGUUUAACCACCCUUCGUCGUUCAAGCGGCACCUGAAAGAUCAUAGAGACAAACUCAACAAAAGGGUUGUCCCUUGCGACGUGUGCGACAAGAAGGUGUGCAGCUUAAAAAGCUUGAGGGAACACAUGCUGAUCCACUCGGGCGAUAUGCCGUUCGUCUGUGAACACUGUGGACGUAGGUUUCGCUUGAGGAAGAAUCUGAUGACGCACAGUGUGGUGCACACUAAAGAAAGGCCUUUCCCGUGUAAUGUGUGCGGCGUUAGUUUUACUCAACGCGGGUCGAUGAAGAGGCAUUUCUUGAAGGCACAUCCAGACCAGAAGUUGUAGAUACCCGCACCAAACUGUGACUGAUAGCUUAGUUCGAAUAAAGCAUCGAUUUUUCAAUAAGCCUCGUUUUUUUUUAAUAUUUAAACCUUUCUUCGCAAUCUGGUAGCGCUGGAGUGCUUAUCUAGUGCUCUGGCGGCUCCAAGGCACACAAAGGUCUGAUCGUCUUACUGCUAACAUUCUCUGCGUUUUCUAGCAGUCCUGAAUAUUUGUUCUUACUGGUAGUAACUAUCUAAUUUAAAUAUAUUUGUUGUUUUUAAAUCUUGAUUGUUAUUAUAUAAUUAAAUUUACUGUUCAAAAGCGAGUUAAUUAUGAAAUGAGUAUAAUAGCCUAAUAAAUUGUGGAAUCUGAUUUUCCAUAUAGUCCUUAUUAUAUUAUACAAUUAGUCUGCUGUAAAGUUAUGGUCAUCCUGAUGAACCAAAUCGUUAAAAGCUAUUAGUGUUUUUAAAUUUCCGGUCUUAUAGCGUUCAAAGAGAGUGCUAACCAAAACUAAUGAAAGAAAACAUUAAUGGAUUUUUUUUAUAAUAAAAUUUAAUCAUUUAAUAGUUCAUAUUAAAAUCAGUCUAUUACAUAAACUAAAAUUUUGGAAAAAAAUGUUUUUAACUCCUCAAUGAAUUCUGGUUACAAAAUAAGAUUGUUUAGAAAUGGUGUUAUCUAAUUAAAAUGGCAUUAUUAUUACUUUUUAAUUCAUGAAAACUCUUUAUGCCGUAUUCUUGGUAAUGAUUUUUUAAGGUUUCGUCUCGUUGGUAAUAUCUGAUCAUUUCAUCAGGAUUAUUUUGGACGCGGUGUCACUGUUUUGGUAAACGCCAUUUUAGUCACGAGUUUUGUUUGGUACAAGAGGACCGCAGCAUGGCAACUAUUAGUUUUUGGCUGUGUUUUUGCAGACAAUGUGAAUACACUUAUAAGUGACGUGUGACAAGUGUCCACUUCGCUCGUGCCUAAUCUUCCGUUCCUUUUUCUUUUUCUAUUGCAUUCCGCAAAAAAUAUCAUCGAUAUGUGAACCUUUAUCGUGAUUUCCUUAACAUGCGCUUA